AGGCCGGCGGGCGUCGCGAGCGGUCGGAGGAGAAGGGGAACACCUCGCCGGCGAUGGCGGGGAGGAGGGGCGGCGCGGCGGCGGCCGCGGCCUCGCCGGCCGUGGUGGGGGCGGUGUCCGUGCUGGCCCUGGUGUACUACUCCACGGUGUUCGUCUUCCUGGACCACUGGCUCGGCCUCGGCACCACGGCCGGCGCCGCCCACGCCGCCGGCUUCUCCCUCGUCGUCGCCGCAUGCUUCUUCUCCUUCCUCUGCGCCGCGGCCUCGGACCCGGGCUCCGUGCCCGCCUCCUUCGCCCCCGACGCUGAGGACCCGCAGCGGCAGGGAUUAAAAUCGAGGUAUUGUGAUAAAUGCUGCAUGUUCAAACCUUCUCGAACCCACCAUUGCAAGGUGUGCAAAAGGUGUGUUCUUAAAAUGGACCAUCACUGUGUCUGGAUUAACAAUUGCGUGGGCUAUGCAAACUACAAAUCCUUUAUCAUCUGUGUCCUAAAUGCAGCCAUUGGGUCUCUUUACUCAUUAGUGGUAUUUCUGUUUGAUCUCUUUCAGACCGAACAUAAAUACGAUGUCCCUUAUGUCAAGGUCAUACAUGUCUUGGUUGGUGUCCUUUUGUUCUUUUUAAGCUUGACAAUAGGUUCUCUAUUAUGCUGGCAUAUCUAUCUCUUAUGUCAUAACAUGACAACUAUAGAGUACCGAGAGGCAACUAGAGCGAAGUGGCUUGCUGAGAAGAGCGGGCAGAAAUAUCGGCACCGUUUUGAUCUUGGCACGAGGAAGAAUAUUCAAAUGAUUAUGGGCCCAAACAUUCUUUGCUGGCUUUGCCCUACUGCAACAGGACAUCUCAAGGAUGGCACUGAGUUUCAGAUCACAAACAACUGAUCAGACCAACAAGCAGAAGCAUUGCUGCAUACGUACAUAGAUACAUACAACAUUGUAGAUGUGCAAGUUUAUUUGGCGACAAAUUUCUUUGCCGUUCCAUUUGGUUUGCUGCAGUAGAGUAGAGAGCUCCACAUUUGUCACCAUUCUUGUAACAGCAUGUGAACUGAAAUGCAUUCACUUGUUUCAGUUUAAUUUGUACGUGCACAGCUGUAGAUAGAUGAAGUGGUUUGGGUUGGAGCAUUUGUGACUUAUCGAACUGCAAAAAUGAUUGAAUUGAUCAGAAUUUUCUUGUGAUUAUUUUGACGUGUGGAAAUGGUUCAGUG